UGCAGGGGCGGCGGCGGCUCGGCCGGGUGUCCACGGGCGUGGGGGAUGGGGGCGGCGAGCUCCAGCCCUCGGCGGCGGCGGCGGCGACCGUGAGUGUGGGGCGAACGUCCGCAUCCCGGACGCGGCAUGGAGCCCCGCGGAUUUCAGUUUUUUUGACUGUUACAUGAAAGGAUGAUUGCUCAUAAACAGAAAAAGACAAAGAAAAAACGUGUGUUGUCAUCAGGCCAGCUCUCUACUGAUGUUACAACUUCUGAAAUGGGGCUCAAGUCCGUAAGUUCCAACUCCAUUUUUGAUCCGGAUUACAUCAAGGAGUUGGUGAAUGAUAUCAGGAAGUUCUCGCAUAUGUUACUGUAUUUGAAAGAAGCUAUUCUUUCAGAUUGUUUCAAAGAAGUCAUUCAUAUACGUCUGGACGAACUUCUCCGUGUUUUAAAUUCGGUAAUGAAUAAACAUCAGAAUCUAAAUUCUGUUGAUCUUCAAAAUGCUGCAGAAAUGCUUACUGCAAAAGUGAAAGCUGUGAACUUCACAGAAGUUAAUGAAGAAAACAAAAAUGAUCUCUUCAGAGAAGUCUUUUCUUCCAUUGAAACCUUGGCCUUUACCUUUGGGAAUAUCCUGACAAAUUUCCUUAUGGGAGAUGUAGGCAAUGAUUCAUUAUUACAACUGCCUGUUUCUCGGGAAAGUAAGUCUUUUGAAAAUGUUUCUGUGGAAUCAGUGGACUCAUCCAAUGAAAAAGGAAAUUUUUCUCCUAUGGAACUAGACAGCAUGCUGUUAAAGAACACUGACUCUAUAGAAUUAGCUUUGUCAUAUGCUAAAACAUGGUCAAAAUAUACCAAGAACAUAGUUUCAUGGGUUGAAAAGAAACUUAACUUGGAAUUGGAGUCCACUAGAAAUAUUGUCAAGUUGGCAGAGGCAACUAGAACUAGCAUUGGACUACAGGAGUUCAUGCCAUUGAAGUCUCUUUUUACCAAUGCCCUUCUUAAUGACAUAGAGAGCAGUCACCUUUUACAACAAACAAUUGCAGCUCUCCAAGCCAACAAAUUUGUGCAGCCUCUACUUGGGAGGAAAAAUGAAAUGGAAAAACAAAGGAAAGAAAUAAAAGAACUUUGGAAACAGGAACAAAAUAAAAUGCUUGAAGCAGAGACUGCUCUUAAAAAGGCAAAAUUGCUAUGCAUGCAACGUCAAGAUGAGUAUGAAAAAGCAAAAUCUUCCAUGUUUCGUGCAGAAGAGGAGCAUAUGUACUCAAGUGGAGGAUUAGUAAAAAAUCUCAACAAGCAGUUAGAAAAAAAGCGCAGGCUGGAAGAGGAGGCUCUUCAAAAAGUAGAAGAAGCAAAUGAACUCUACAAAGUUUGUGUGACAAAUGUUGAAGAAAGACGAAAUGAUCUAGAAAAUACCAAAAGAGAAAUUUUAACACAACUCCAGAAACUUGUUUUCCAGUGUGAUCUUACCCUUAAAGCUGUAACAGUUAACCUCUUCCAGAUGCAACACCUACAGGCUGCCUCCCUCGCAAACAAUUUACAGUCUCUCUGUGAUAGCGCCAAACUCUAUGACCCAGGCCAAAAGUACAGUGAGUUUGUCAAGGCCACAAAUUCAACUGAAGAAGAAAAAGUGGAUGGGAAUGUAAAUAAGCAAAUAACAGACAGUUCCCAUAAUUCUGGAUAUGGACCUACCGACUCUUUAGAGGAUGUUUUGCGCCUUCCUGAAAGUUCUAAUAAGAUUGAAGAGGAUCGAUGCUCUAACAGUGCCGAUAUAACAGGUCCUUCUUUUAUAAGGUCAUGGACAUUUGGGAUGUUUAGUGACUCUGAGAGCACUGGAGGAAGCAGUGAGUCUAGAUCUCUGGAUUCUGAAUCUAUAAGUCCAGGAGAUUUUCAUCGAAAACUCCCGCGAACUCCGUCCAGUGGAACCAUGUCUUCUGCAGAUGAUCUGGAUGAAAGAGAGCCACCUUCCCCUUCAGAAGCUGGACCCAAUUCCCUUGGAACAUUUAAGAAAACAUUGAUGUCAAAGGCAGCACUCACUCACAAGUUUCGCAAAUUAAGAUCCCCCACGAAAUGUAGGGAUUGUGAAGGCAUUGUAGUAUUCCAAGGUGUUGAAUGUGAAGAGUGUCUCCUCGUUUGUCAUCGAAAGUGUUUGGAAAAUUUAGUCAUUAUUUGUGGUCAUCAGAAACUUCUGGGGAAAAUACACUUAUUUGGAGCAGAAUUCACACAAGUUGCAAAAAAGGAACCAGAUGGCAUCCCUUUUAUACUCAAAAUAUGUGCCUCAGAGAUUGAAAAUAGAGCCUUGUGUCUACAGGGAAUUUAUCGUGUAUGUGGAAACAAAAUAAAAACUGAAAAACUGUGUCAAGCUUUGGAAAAUGGAAUGCACUUGGUAGACAUUUCAGAAUUUAGUUCACAUGACAUCUGUGAUGUCUUGAAACUAUACCUUCGACAGCUUCCAGAGCCAUUCAUUUUAUUCCGAUUGUACAAAGAAUUUAUAGACCUUGCAAAAGAGAUCCAACAUGUAAAUGAAGAACAAGAGACAAAAAAGGAUAACCCUGAGGACAAAAAAUGGCCAAGUACGUGUAUAGAAAUAAACCGAAUUCUUCUAAAAAGCAAGGACCUUCUAAGACAAUUGCCCGCAUCAAAUUUUAACAGUCUUCAUUACCUCAUAGUACAUCUUAAGCGAGUUGUAGAUCAUGCAGAGGAAAACAAAAUGAACUCCAAAAACUUGGGGGUGAUAUUUGGACCAAGUCUCAUUAGGCCAAGGCCCACAACUGCUCCUGUCACCAUCUCCUCUCUUACUGAAUAUUCACAUCAAGCGCGGUUGGUCGAGUUCCUCAUUACUUACUCACAGAAGAUCUUCGAUGGGUCCUUACAGCCACAAGAUGUAGUUGUGUAUAGUACAGGUGGUAUUGCACCUCAGGUUGAUCAAGGCUGUCUUCCGAAACUUCUGUUAUCGCCAGAAGAAAGAGACCCAGAACAUUCCAUGAAGUCACUGUUUUUCUCUUCAAAGGGAGAUAUGCAUACUGCAGAUAGGGAAAGCAAAGUUUUUGAACCAGCUACAUCAUUUGAGGAAUCGGAACAAAAGCAAAACACAUCGGAAAAAUGUGAUGCAUGUCUCAUUGAUAACAAAGUACAUUUGCUUGCAGACAAAGAGCUUGAAUCAGCAUCACAAAAAAUGGAAGAUGUUUGUAGAACAGGCAAACCUCCUUCUCUGAAAUGCGACAGGGAAGCAAGCAGUGUUGAGAGGUACACUCCUAGGACCAAGACUAGACCUGUGAGUUUGCCUGUGGAUAGGCUUCUGCUUCUCGCGAGCCUUCCAAAUGAGAGGAAUGGCCGAAUUAUGGGAAAUAGAAGUUCAGACAAGUUUUAUAAGAAUCCUGCCUUUGAAGGAAUUAAUAGAAAAGACACCCCUACUAUUGUUUGUUCCAAAUUUUAUGGCUUUGACCAGCAAACUCUACAAAAAUCUAGGGAGAAACAGUAUGAACAGAAUGACCUAACUGCAAAGACUGCAGUAACUGUGCCCCAUGCGCUCCAGGAAGGAGGCCUAACAGCGAGCAUCGGAAUCGGCGGGGACCACCCAGUCAGGGCCACCCAGCCUAGUAAGCCAUACGCAGAACCAGUCGGGUCAACAGGACAAGUGUCAGAGAGGCGGUGCUCUGACUCAUGCCCUCCUGCCCUUGUGCGAGCACCCAGAACCCUGCAGCCCCAGCACUGGACAACUUUUUAUAAGCCACGAGCUGCCGCUGCUGCUGUGAGAGGGGAUGAGGGCAAACCCGUGGCAGCCUGCGAAACAGUGCCUCCCAGCACAGCUCCUGUGCCCCAGGGGCAUGCGCUGAAGUCAGUUCCAGACUCAGAAGAUGCCCCAGCUGCUCGAGGGCAGCGGGUUGGUAAGUCCAAAGAGAGCUCUGAGGAACAUGACUCGCCUGACGUGCACCCAGUGUGUCAGAGACCAAGGCUAAAACGCAUGCAGCAAUUUGAAGACCUUGAAGAUGAGAUCCCACAGUUUGUGUAGGGUUAUCAAAACCCAGCUUUUCUUUUUUUGUUGUUUUGUUUUCUGGUAUUGUGUUUGUUUUGUGAAAGAAAUUUUGACAGGGCCCCUUCUGUAUACGAUUGCCAAAUUCUGGAUUUUACUUUUGCAUUAUGUUUUCCUGUGUCGGUUAUAUUGAAAGGUAGAAUGUUUUGAUAGGGCCCCGUCUGUGCCUCACUGGAAUUAUCUGUAUUUUUGAAGUUGUGAAUAAAUAGAUGGACUCAUAUUUUUUAAAGUUCGGUUGAUUUUUCCCAUGAAACGGUCCAUUUAAAUGCAUUCCUAAUAUAUAAUUCUCAACUAAUAGGUGCAAUUGGAGAAAAUCAGCUUUAUGUUUUUUUUAAGUGAAACUACAUGCUUAUUUAUAAAAGGAAUGUUUCUGAAUGCAAGUCCCUGAAAGAUCUUUGUUUGGUAUGAUUACAUUUUUCCACACAAUUUUAUAGUGCAUCUUUGACCAUUUGUGCUCUUAUGGUAUGUAUGUGACCUUCAGUGGCUAAAAGUUUUGCAAAUCUGCAUUUAAUUACAUUUUAAUUACUUGUCAGAUUUUACAUUUGGUAGUUGAAUUGUACAAAGAAAAUGCACUUAAACUUCUUCCUAAAUUACAUAGUUCAGUUAUGUCUUAUUUGGCUUUAUAUUGCUUAAUACAUUUAAUAGUUUUUUAUCUCUUGGCUUUAUACUACAUAAACUUUUGCUCUUCAACAGUUCUGAACCUUUUGGUAUUUUGCCUAAUGGUCCAAAAAAUGUUUUAAAAUUCAAUGCAUUUCCUAUUGAUAUUGUCUGGCUGGUUUUUUUUUUAACCAUUCCUUUUGUAUGAAAUGUUUUCACUUAUGAAUAAUUUUAUGUACUUUUUCUACCUGGACUUUUAACCAUUGACAAUGUAUGUUUCAUUUGAAUCGUGCAAAGAUUUAUUUAAGUUGAUACUAAGAGUAUAGCUCAAUAAGCCUAAUUGUUUGGAAUUUGAGAGAAGGUGUAGAUGAUUGGAUAUAUUUCAUUUAUAAAAUUCCCAGAUUUUAGAACUAGUGCAGUUCUGUUAUUUUCUGGGUUUUGUCAUAGGAUAUAAAAGGGACAAAAAAAAUAAAAUGCCUCGUUUUGUAUGUGUGAAUUCUAUUUGCAGUAAAUACUUUUGUAUGACCAUGUUAUACUUGAUAAAAAUACAAAUAUAUAUA